AUGACUGGUACUUCUGAAGAAACAGGAAUAGUGGAUGUGACUAUUAGAAAUGCUGAACUCGCUGAUCAGAGUGAGUUGAUCUCUCAGUUAAUGCAACGAAUUGCAGACAUGCAGGAAGAACUUCAACAGACCAAAGAUCUGGCCAAACUGGCCAUUGCAUCGAAUGAACCCCCCCUUGAAACAAGAAGACCGCCUCCUCCUUUUCCAUCACUAAGUUCCCCAUUACCCAACCAUUUCCCUACCCAUACCACAGGACCAAUCACUUCCACCCCUAAUCCUCAUACCAUUGAUUUAACUGUAUCCAAUGCUCCUUACGCCAGCACUUCCUACCAAACACCACCACCAUUACCAAAUCAGAACCAAACACUUAACACUAAUCACUCCCAAAACUUCACACCAACCUACCAAAUCCCACCCCCAGCUACUGAUAAUCCACGUGUUUUGCCUAGCCAGCCUGCAUACGCUUCCGUAACAUUCCAAACUCCACCAGCCUAUACAAUCCCUGAACCAUGUCCUAGCUUUCCCGUUCAACCGGAGCUGGAUCACUAUGAAGAAAUGGAGAAGGAGUGGAGGUUGAGAGAAGAAAAACGUGAACAAAAAAUGAAUAUCAUGAAGGAUGCCAUCUCCGAGGCGGUAAAAAGUGUCCAAUCUUCGAGGAAGAUAACAGGACUUGAGUAUGAGGACCUUUGCAUGCACCCUGACUUGGAAAUACCCGAAGGUUACAAAAUUCCAAAAUUUGAAACCUUCAAUGGUAUUGGGAACCCUAUGGCUCACCUACGAGCUUAUUGUGAUAAACUCGUGGGUAUCGGGAAAAAUGAUGCAUUGAUUAUGAGGUUGUUUAGUCGAAGCCUCAGCGGGGAGGCGUUAGAAUGGUUCACAUCUCAAGAACUCCGUCAGUGGUCUACAUGGGGGGCUCUGGCCAAAGAUUUCUUGGAGAGAUUCCAGUUUAAUGUCGAAGCUGUCCCUGACAGAUAUUAUUUGGAAAAAAUCAAGCAAAAGUCCACGGAGGACUAUCGUGAAUAUGCGUGCCGCUGGAGGAAAGAAGCUGCAAAGGUACAACCUGUGAUGACUGAAAACGAAAUAACCUCUGCUUUUAUUCGAGCUCAGGAGCCCGAGUAUUAUGAAAGGAUGUUGCCUAUGAUGGGACAAAAGUUUUCGGAGCUGAUCAGAAUGGGAGAAGCAAUAGAAGAUGGCCUCAAGUCUGGAAAGGUUACAAGUCUCACUGCCUUGCAGGCCGCCAACAAAUCCUCACCAUCCAUGGCAACAGGAUUCGCUAGGAAAAAGAAAGAGGACGUGUCUGCUGUAUCUUUUAGCCCGAGGCCAAGGCCGCAAAGGUAUUUUGGGUCUGGUUCUGCCAUUGGAAACUCCAACCGAUUCCCCACCUCAAAUAUUUACCCACCAUCUCCACAAGCUCCAAUCCCAAUCUACUAUGCACAACAGAACUACCAAGCACCACCGCCCAUCUACCAAAAUCAACCACUAACCUACCAAAAUACACUACCAAAUCACCAAGCCAAUUCACCAGUCUACCAAAAUCCCGGACAAAACAACCCAAAUGCCAACAAUCUACCCCGUCCUAACCUUGAAAGAAAGCCUCCCAGAGUUUUCACUCCUUUGGCAGAAACACGUACCCAACUCUUUGAGCGUCUAAGAGCGGCAGGAUUGAUCCAACCAGUAGACGCAAGGGCAAUUAAUCCCACAACAAAGUUCUUCCGAGCAGAUCAACGUUGUGCGUACCAUUCUGGAGGGGCAGGACAUAUACAGAAGGAUGUAUCAAUCUGA